AGGAACAAUGAAUACUGCCUCAACUUCAGCAAGAGGAUCGUAUUCCACAAACCACCCAAGACCCUUUUUUUUGGCUCAGCCAUCAGCUCAACAGCCUUAUCCAAGUCCUUGGCACCUCAGUUAUGUAUACAGCCCAUACUGCUUAUCUGCUCCAGGCUUCCCAAGUGGAAAUCCAUAUUUUCCAUUUUAUUCUGUUGGGCUCCAUGAGUACCCUGGAUUUCUUGUCCCACAACAUCCAGUGCAUGCAAGAAUUAACAGAAGACCUUAUUUUAAUGCUGCCUCACCUUCCCCUGUGUUCUAUCAUGCAACAAGAUUUAGACAUUAUAAUAGUCCUGGGAAGAAAAUGGAGACAAAAGAAACACAGACUGAUCCUAGACAGCCUGAAAGCAAGCAAAAAAGGCAGCAAGAUAGAGAAAUGAAAGGUUGUGAUGCAGGAAAUAUAGCCUGUGUUUCUCCUGGUAUAGGUACAGAGACUGAAAGUACUUCAGAGAAACAAGAUUCAUGUGGGUCUUCUAUCGUGGUAGACAGAGAGUUUCAUAAUAAGAACCCUGCCAGCUCUACACAGCAUAGAAGUCUUCCUACUGGAAGCUAUGCCUUUGAGAAGGAAGAAGUGAGGAUAGAAUAUGGAAAUGGCUCUCCAGCUAUUCAGCUGUGGAAGUCCUUUAAAGAAACAAUUCCGUUGUAUGACGUGGCAAGUGGUAAACGAGUUCCAGAGAACAUAGUGCCACAUGACUUAUUUUCUGCUAGCUCGUGUGAAGGUCUGAUAUAUGGCCCUCAUGAAGGGGAGAAUAUACUGCCAGGGGCUUGCUUAGAUGAGAGAAAAGCUGUUGUCAGCUCCAAACAGGGUGCUGAAACUCUGCAGGAGAGAGAUGUCCAAAAUAAUGAAGUGAAGCUGGAUGCAGAAAAGCUGGCAAAAUGUCCUCCAGGUGAAACCAUGGCAAUGCAAAUCACAGAGUUGGCAAGAUCUGUUGGGGUAGAUCAACCAGUGGUAAUAACUAAGAAAUCUAGCACUAUAAGGUCUGCACAAUCAAAAACUUCUCAAGAAGAGCCCAGCUUUAUUCAACAGGCAGGACUAUUUCCAUCUAAUAUGGAGGUAAUGAGUGACUUUCAGCAGAAAAAGCUGAGUUUAAGCCACAGUGCAACCAAUGAAAGUCAGACAGAAAAAAGUAUUUGGUGUGACAAAUCAAUUGAGAAGUUUGCUCCCUCUAGCACCAGGCUGGCUUGUUUGGACAGUAUGGACACAACCUACAAUGUUUGUUUGCCACAAAGGAAGCGUCAAUGUGCAAUCAGUCUGUCUUCUGAUGACAUGUCCUCUAGGGAGGAAGACUCAUCAAUUGAUAAUGUCUCAGUGUCUUAUUUUGUGCCUGACUAUGUGCUUCAGAAGAGCAUGCAUACCUUUCAGAAAAGUACAGAGGGUUUAGAGAACAACAAGCAAAUUAGAAGUGGUGGGUCCCUUAAUGUAGAUGAAGUGGUAGGAAAGGAGCAGGUGAACAGCUUGAAUGACCAAGAUGUCAACUCUUCAAACACAAAGAUCAAAGAGACUUCCAGUAAAGGUAGAAAGCUGGGAGCUCUUUCUAGGUCCUCUAAUAGGAAAGAAAUCGAUUCUCUCAACAAAAAAGCAACUAAGAGUUUAUCAGAAGUCGAGGACUCUGAAAAAUACUCUGUGAAGGGAGAAGAAGAAGAUGAAGAUGGAGAAGAUGAGUAUGAGGAGGAAGAGGAUGAUGACAUAGAUGAAAUUGAGUAUUUCUUCCAAGAAGCCCCUCCAUAUGGCAUCUUGAUGCCAAGUGAAGGAAAUUUCUACCAAGUUGGCCAGAGAGUGCUUUGGAAGCCACCUAAAAAUGCUGUACCAGCACAAUUAAUUAGCUGGCCUGCUCAAGAGAAAAUAAAAACAAAGAGUGGAGUUGUUGAAAAUAUUGAUAUAGUUUACAAGCCAAAGAAGAGAGAACAAGAUGAAGUUGUAUACAGUGACUAUGGGUAUUAUAGAAGAAAGAGGCCUAUGACAAGAAGAAAAGGACUUGAACACCAGCGAAUGCUACGGAAAUUCUUGGGAGGAAGGCUGUUAAGGGGGAACAUGGGGAUACCACCUGAAGAGUACUGGAUUAGAAGUGGUGCUAAACCCAGAUUUACCAGCCAACUACGUGGUAGUUUCUCACCUCCAGCAAAGAGCAAAGAUCAAGUGUGCCCACCUUUGGUUAGACCAAAGAGGAGAAGAAUUUGCAAGCCGGCUUCAAAACGCAGAGACACGAGACAUGAGGUGGAAGAAGUAGAAAUGCGGGAGCUGCCUAAACACAGUGUAUACAAAGGGCAUUGAACAAGGAAGUCCCUCUCUAAGAAAAGAUAAUUGCAAAUAUUGGAGCAAAAGGGGGUGAGGGGAGGGAAUAUCAAAGAUCUGUUCUGUAUAAAUCCAAGAUUUGAUCAUUAUUCUCGUAUAUUUUGUAAGUUGCUGUUCACUCUAAAAGGGCAAGAAGUGACACUAUAAAGACUGAGGACACAAUUAAAAUGGAAUGCAGUAUUUAAUCCAAAGUCACCUUUUUAUAACUAGCACAUCCACUAUUUAAAUAAUAAAUUUCACAGAAUUGCA